UUGUAUGUCCUCAUUGAACGUAUCAGCGCGUGAGGUCUAAUAAUGAACCCAAGAAAUCCAUGAUCUUAUAAAUAACACAUACGAGACAUAUUUUUUCCACUUUAGCCGUAAAUCGUGUCGAUUAUUACGUUGUUUACAACGAUCGGAAUAAUGCGUUGAAGCGACGUCAUAAUUAUGUUAUAGAGUGUAAGAAACUGAUUGGCUGGUUUAGUGUGACGGGGGUUCUUGUCCCAGUUCGCAGGGGUUAGACAAUAAGAAUCUAAACAGCAGCAUUCCCAAUAAUAACACAGGAUAGAUGGAAUAUAUCGCACUGUGAUUUCAAGCAGCGGACGCUGACGCAGUUAUUUCUGAGACAAAUCAUUCUUGUUUGUUUAAUCACAUAAAUCAUAGACCACAGAAGAAAGAGAGUUUCUGACUUUACUAAAGAAAUGGUGAUGGAGAAGCCUAGUCCCCUGCUGGUAGGGCGGGAGUUUGUGAGACAAUAUUACACACUGCUCAAUAAAGCACCAGACUUUCUGCAUAGAUUUUAUGGACGAAACUCAUCAUAUGUCCAUGGUGGACUGGAUUCGAAUGGACAGCUCUCAGAGGCAGUCUAUGGGCAAGCGGAGAUACAUAAGAAGGUGAUGUCUCUACAGUUCAGUGAGUGUCACACAAAAAUCCGGCACGUUGAUGCCCAUGCCUCUCUAAAUGAUGGUGUGGUUGUCCAGGUGAUGGGAGAACUUUCCAAUAAUGGACAACCUAUGCGGAAGUUCCUACAAACAUUUGUGCUGGCCCCAGAGGGUUCUGUGGCAAAUAAGUUUUAUGUUCACAAUGACAUCUUCCGUUAUGAGGAUGAGGUUUUUGGGGACUCCGAGGCUGAACUUGAAGAAGAAUCAGAAGAAGAAAUAAAUGAGCAGGAAGACAGGCAACCAUCCCCUGAACCCCUCCAGGACAGUCAAAGUAUAACAAACUUCUAUGAACCCCAUCCUGUGAGCUGUAGCAAUGGUGUGGAAGAAGCACACGAGGAGCCAGGCAUGGAGCUGGACUCUGAAGUUUCACAGGAACCCAAGCCUGAGGAGCUGAAGACCAAGGAUGAGGAGAAAGAUCUUGAGGAGUUUGAGGAGAAGGCACCAUCACCAGUUCCGGUAGCAUCCCCACCUAACAUACAGGAGCCACCUAAGACUUUCUCUUGGGCGUCUGUGACCAGCAAAAAUUUGCCCCUAAGUGGGUCUGUUCCAGCCUCUGGAAGUUCACCCCUAGUUGUUAAAGCACCAAACUUGCAGCCCAGACUUGAGGCCAAGACUGAUGCAUCAUCAGCUUCCAUCCGCCCUCGUGAUCAACGUAUCCGUGACAGACCAUUUGUAAACUUAAGAGGGCCUAGAUCUGACGGCAUAUCAUCUUCGGAAUCUCAAACUGGAAAACCGCAUUUCAGCUUUGUAAAUAAAGGGAAAGCAGAUGAGUCGAGUGAAAUUGAUGGGAGAAGACUUGUCCGGUAUCCAGACAGUCAUCAGCUGUUUGUUGGAAAUCUUCCUCAUGAUAUUGAUGAGAGUGAACUUAAAGACUUCUUCAUGACAUUUGGAAAUGUUGUUGAGUUACGAAUCAACACCAAAGGUACUGGAGGAAAGAUACCCAACUUUGGCUUUGUUGUCUUUGAUGAUUCAGAACCGGUGCAAAGAAUUUUGGGGGCCAAACCGAUCAUGUUCCGCGGCGAGGUGCGUCUCAAUGUGGAGGAGAAAAAGACGAGGGCCAUGCGUGAACGAGAAACUCGUGGAGGGGGAGAAGAUCGUAGGGACACAAGGCGUAUUGAUCGUGGCCCUGGAGGAGCACGUGGCAUUGCUGGAAGUGGUAUGAUGCGAGACCGUGAUGGCAGAGGCCCACCCUCGCGAGGUGGCGCUGUACCUAAACCAGGCGUGGGCACUGGCAGAGGCACUGGUCUUAGUGAGGGCCGUUUUAAUGCUCCGCGGCGUUGAGAGUAGCACCCCCUGUAGUCUGGAAAUAGUACAAUGUUUGUUUAUUACUAUACAGAGAAGUCAAUGUAAAAAUCUGUAUGCAUUGUACUUCUUUUUUUGUGGGGGGUUUACCUUUUUUUGGUAUUUGGAAUGUCAGCUGUUUCACCUGAAGCAGAUUAACAUCUUGAGAAACCUAAUAGCUCAAUAUACCCAUUAACUUUUUAAAUUUUACUGCAGCUCAUCUGCUCUGUAAUCAUCAAAUAGUAACAAUUACAAAAAUUUGGAGGAUUUAUGUCGGUUAGAUUUAGUUUUCACAGUUUAAAGUUUAACCUCGCUCUGAGACAUUUUUGUACUAGAUUUACUUUCCAGUUGCUGUUGUUGUAAAUUGUGCAGACUGAAAGAUGGCCUUUAAGAAUAUAUUUGUACGAUUUUUUUUGUAGACUUACGAGAAAUAAGGAAGAGAUUACAAAAGCAGUUAGAAGCUAACAAUGUUUCAACUGACUUCUAAGUAUUUGGAAUCAUACAGAAACUGUUUUUGGAAAGUGGAAAGACAUUGACCACUCAUUUUGAUUUGAUAUAUUUUUAACAAACAUAUUUCUUUGUUCCUGUUCUACCUGAUGUACUCUGCCAAUGGAUAAGUGUAAGAAGCAGUAGUUGAAUAAUUGUAAAGUUUUCAUGUUUUUGUUUUACAGAAUAUUUUUUCUUAAAAGUCAGAGUCACUUUGCCAACAUUAAGAUUCAUCCCUAUUAUCUUAUUUUUGUUUUAUGAUGUGGAUUUCAGUUUGAACUUUUAUGAGAAAUUGACAGUGCCAUACAGAUUGCAGGGAAACUUUGCUGAUGUUUGUUUGUUCUGCAUUGUCUUUGUGAGUGUUUUUUUAACACUUUUUCUGUUUUUGGUUAGAAAAGAACAUUGCCAAAAUGUUUGUUAUAAGUCGUUUUCUGGACAGGAAUGGGAUUUAAUUGUUGUUAAGUGCUAUUUGAACUGACUUUAGUGAAAUUUUACACCCGCCUCCUUGACACAAAAAAAAUCUCCGGGGUUAUUGUAAAGGAAAUGUGAAUUGGAGAAACCAUUAUUGCAGUGGGCACUGAUUUCAUUUUGCAGUCUAAUACUUGCACUGAUUUUGUAAUUUUUGCGCUAUUUUUUUAUGUUUUAUGUCUUCCAUGUAGGGUAGAUUGCAUAUAUUAGAUAUUUGCAAUAUUUCUUGGACAAUCCUCAUCAGGGACAUUGCACUUGUUUUAGUUUCUUUUCCAUUUUUGAAGGCCUGCUCUGUUCUACAAAAAUUUUGGUUGCAGGGGCACUUGGACAAUUCAAAAGAGUAUGCCAGCAUGUCCCACCUGAGACUUCUUUCCCCCAUCUUUUCUGCUUAGUGGUUGUUUUGAGUUUUGGACCUGGAUCUUAAAAAUAACUGUGUAAAUAAAUGCCACAAUGGCCUUUCUAUUUAGACUUUACAGCACUUCAAACAGCCAAAUACUUUGAAAGACAAAUAGAGCAUUACAUGCUGUACAGACAGGUCAUAUAACUGUGCUUUCAAUUCUGAAAAUAUGCAGAUUGUACGGUACUCAUAUCAUUUGUUCAUAUCAUUUAAACAAAUCCUCUUUGAAUUAAUUCAUCUUUAAAUGCUACUGUAAAAUAUUUCAGUUGGUUUUCAUCCAGUUAUUAGGAGGUUUUAAGAUGUUAUGUAGUUUUCUAUUUAAGUGGACAAAGAAAAUAAGCGUUUUUGUACUGUUGUUGUAUUUUUAUUUCAGCUUUGAAUGUAUUAAGACAUGACACAAUAAAAUGAAAAUUGUGCAUUUAA